AUUCAAAAUUCGAAUUUUGAUUCGGUCAAACACCAACCGUUGUAAUUCUCUCUCUCUCUCUCUUUUCAAUAAAUCUCACUUAAAUCCCUAUUUUCAAAAAGCUAAACGAUACACUCCUUUGUACGCUCUUCUUCUUCUUCUUCUUCUUCUUCUUCUUCUUCUUCUUCUUCUUCUUCUCCUCUCUGUACUUUCGCGAAAACCCUAAUUUUCUAGAUCUGUUUCUCUAUAAUCGCCUCUCUCACUUUGUAGAUCCUUCAGAUCUACUCUCCAGUUUCUCUCUCAGAAACACCCAACCAUGGCUACCAAACUUCCCCUUCAAAACAGCAAUGCCGCCAAUGUUGCGAAAGCUCCGGCUAAAUCUCGAGCUGCCGCCGGCGGGAAGACGAUCGAGGAAAUGUAUCAGAAGAAAUCGCAGCUUGAACACAUUCUUCUCCGUCCUGAUACAUACAUCGGAUCUAUCGAGAAACACACCCAAACACUUUGGGUUUAUGAGAAAGAUGAGAUGGUUCAACGUCCUGUUACCUAUGUACCUGGAUUGUAUAAGAUCUUUGAUGAGAUUCUCGUAAACGCCGCUGAUAACAAACAGAGAGAUGCGAAGAUGGAUUCCGUUCAAGUUGUGAUUGAUGUUGAGCAGAAUCUGAUUAGUGUUUGUAACAGUGGAGCUGGAGUUCCUGUAGAGAUUCAUCAGGAAGAAGGAAUUUAUGUACCGGAGAUGAUAUUUGGUCAUUUGUUGACGAGUAGUAACUACGAUGAUAAUGUGAAGAAGACCACUGGUGGAAGAAACGGAUAUGGUGCUAAGCUUACUAAUAUCUUCUCUACUGAAUUCAUCAUCGAGACUGCAGAUGGGAAGAGACUCAAGAAGUAUAAGCAGGUCUUUGAGAACAACAUGGGGAAGAAAUCUGAACCGGUUAUAACCAAGUGUAAUAAGAGUGAGAACUGGACGAAGGUUACAUUCAAACCAGAUUUGAAGAAGUUUAACAUGACUGAAUUAGAAGACGAUGUGGUUGCUCUAAUGAGUAAGCGAGUGUUUGAUAUUGCUGGAUGUUUGGGGAAGUCUGUCAAAGUUGAGCUGAAUGGGAAACAAAUACCAGUGAAGUCAUUCACUGAUUAUGUUGACCUAUACCUAAGUGCAGCUAAUAAAUCGAGGACGGAGGAUCCUCUCCCAAGGUUGACUGAGAAAGUUAAUGAUAGAUGGGAGGUUUGUGUGAGCUUAAGUGAAGGACAAUUUCAGCAGGUCAGCUUUGUCAACUCCAUAGCAACAAUCAAGGGUGGUACACAUGUUGACUAUGUGACGAGUCAGAUUACAAACCAUAUUGUGGCUGCUGUGAACAAAAAGAAUAAAAACGCAAAUGUUAAGGCCCAUAAUGUGAAAAACCAUCUGUGGGUCUUUGUCAAUGCAUUGAUUGACAAUCCUGCUUUUGAUUCUCAAACAAAAGAAACACUGACUCUUCGACAGAGCAGUUUUGGGUCGAAAUGUGAACUUUCAGAAGAUUUUCUGAAGAAAGUUGGAAAAUCUGGCGUAGUGGAGAAUUUGCUUUCAUGGGCAGAUUUCAAGCAGAACAAAGAUCUAAAGAAAAGUGAUGGAGCCAAAACAGGGAGGGUUCUAGUUGAGAAGUUAGACGAUGCCGCCGAAGCUGGAGGGAAGAACUCUCGACUCUGUACGUUAAUUUUGACUGAAGGAGACUCAGCAAAAUCUCUCGCUUUGGCGGGGAGGUCUGUCUUGGGUAAUAACUACUGCGGUGUGUUUCCGCUUCGAGGAAAGCUAUUGAAUGUCAGGGAAGCCAGCACCACUCAGAUUACAAACAAUAAGGAAAUUGAGAACCUCAAGAAGAUCCUUGGACUAAAGCAAAAUAUGAAGUACGAGAAUGUUAACUCAUUAAGAUAUGGCCAGAUGAUGAUCAUGACUGAUCAAGAUCAUGAUGGUUCUCAUAUAAAGGGUCUCUUAAUCAAUUUUAUCCACUCUUUUUGGCCGUCGUUACUCCAGGUUCCAUCAUUCCUGGUUGAGUUUAUAACACCCAUUGUGAAGGCUACGCGUAAGGGUACAAAAAAAGUUCUGUCAUUCUACUCAAUGCCUGAAUACGAAGAAUGGAAAGAAAGUCUGAAGGGUAAUGCAACCGGGUGGGAUAUCAAAUACUACAAGGGGUUGGGUACAAGUACGGCUGAGGAGGGCAAAGAGUACUUUAGUAAUCUUGGUCUUCACAAAAAGGAUUUUGUUUGGGAGGAUGAACAAGAUGGAGAAGCCAUUGAACUUGCUUUCAGUAAAAAGAAGAUCGAAGCCCGGAAAAAUUGGCUUUCGAGCUAUGUGCCUGGCAAUCAUCUUGAUCAGAGACAACCGAAAGUUACGUACAGUGACUUCGUGAACAAAGAACUGAUCUUGUUCUCCAUGGCGGAUCUUCAACGGUCAAUUCCCUCAAUGGUUGAUGGGCUCAAACCGGGUCAGAGAAAGAUACUUUUCGUUGCAUUCAAGAAAAUCGCUCGUAAAGAAAUGAAGGUUGCCCAGCUCGUUGGUUAUGUAUCAUUGCUGUCAGCUUAUCAUCAUGGCGAGCAGAGUCUUGCCAGUGCUAUCAUAGGCAUGGCGCAGGAUUACGUGGGCAGCAACAAUAUCAACUUACUUCUACCAAAUGGUCAAUUUGGUACACGAACUUCGGGUGGAAAAGAUUCAGCUAGUGCAAGAUACAUUUUCACUAAGCUCUCUCCAGUAACAAGGAUCUUGUUUCCCAAGGAUGAUGAUCUCCUUCUUGAUUACUUGAAUGAAGACGGGCAAAGGAUAGAGCCAACUUGGUACAUGCCCAUCAUUCCAACUGUACUUGUCAAUGGCGCUGAAGGCAUUGGAACUGGGUGGAGCACGUUCAUACCAAACUAUAACCCUAGAGAGAUCGUUGCUAAUGUAAGGCGUUUACUUAACGGUGAAAGUAUGGUGCCUAUGGAUCCUUGGUAUAGAGGUUUUAAAGGAACAAUUGAGAAAACUGCGUCCAAAGAAGGUGGUUGUACUUACACAAUCACUGGUCUAUAUGAGGAGGUGGAUGAAACAACUAUUCGAAUCACGGAGUUGCCAAUCAGAAGGUGGAAUGAUGAUUACAAAAAUUUCUUGCAGUCAUUGAAGACAGAUAAUGGUGCACCUUUUUUCCAGGAUGUCAAGGCUUACAAUGACGAGAAAUCUGUUGAUUUUGACCUUAUUUUGAGUGAAGAGAACAUGCUGGCGGCUCGGCAAGAGGGCUUUCUGAAGAAAUUCAAACUCACCACGACAAUCGCUACAAGUAAUAUGCAUCUCUUUGAUAAAAAAGGUGUGAUAAAGAAAUAUGUGACCCCAGAACAAAUCCUUGAAGAGUUCUUUGACCUCAGGUUUGAAUACUAUGAGAAGAGAAAGGAAACCGUGGUGAAGAAUAUGGAAAUUGAGCUGUUGAAACUAGAAAACAAAGCGAGGUUUAUUCUUGCAGUUCUCAGUGGAGAAAUCAUAGUGAACAAGAGGAAGAAAGCCGAUAUUGUUGAGGACUUAAGACAGAAAGGGUUCACACCAUUUCCGAGGAAGGCCGAGUCUGUCGAAGCUGCAAUUGCUGGAGCAGUUGAUGAUGAUGCAGCUGAAGAACCUGAAGAAAUCUUAGUGGAUCCGGAGUCAAGCUCCAGUUAUAUACCCGGCUCGGAAUAUGACUACCUAUUGGCAAUGGCUAUAGCUUCGUUGACUAUAGAGAAAGUUGAGGAGUUAUUAGCAGACAGAGAUAAAAUGAUUAUUGCAGUUGCAGACAUGAAGAAAACCACACCGAAAUCCCUCUGGCUCAGUGACCUAGAGUCUCUUGACAAGGAACUAGAAAAACUUGAUCUGAAAGAUGCUCAAGUCCAACAGGCUAUAGAGGCAGCACAGAAAAAAAUCAGGGCCAAAUCUGGAGCAGCAGUAAAGGUUAAAAGGCAGGCACCAAAGAAACCAGCACCAAAGAAGACCACAAAGAAAGCCAGUGAAUCUGAGACAACAGAGGCUUCCUAUUCAGCAAUGGACACAGAUAACAACGUAGCAGAAGUGGUGAAGCCAAAAGCUAGACAAGGAGCAAAGAAGAAAGCCAGUGAAUCUGAAACAACAGAGGCUUCCCAUUCAGCAAUGGACACAGAUAACAACGUAGCAGAAGUGGUGAAGCCAAAAGGUAGACAAGGAGCAAAGAAGAAGGCUCCAGCAGCUGCGAAGGAGGUUGAGGAGGAUGAAAUGUUGGAUCUAGCACAACGGCUUGCUCAAUACAAUUUCGGCUCAGCACCUGCGGAUUCAAGCAAAACAGCUGAAACAUCGAAAGCAAUUGCUGUGGAUGACGAUGAUGAUGACGUGGUAGUUGAGGUUGCACCAGUAAAGAAAGGAGGAAGGAAACCGGCGGCGACUAAAGCUGCAAAACCACCAGCAGCUCCGAGGAAACGAGGGAAGCAGACAGUUGCUUCAACAGAGGUUCUGGCAAUUGGUGUGUCCCCGGAGAAGAAAGUGAGGAAGAUGAGAUCAUCUCCGUUCAACAAGAAGAGUAGUUCAGUGAUGAGCAGGUUGGCUGAUAAUAAGGAAGAGGAGAGCAGCGAGAAUGUGGCUGGAAACUCAUCGUCUGAGAAAUCUGGAGGAGAUGUUUCUGCGAUAUCGAGGCCUCAAAGAGCUAAUAGGAGGAAAAUGACCUAUGUGUUGAGUGAUUCCGAGAGUGAAUCUGCGAAUGAUUCUGAGUUUGAUGACAUUGAAGACGAUGAAGAUGAUGAGUAGAGAGAGCGAGAACUGACUCGGUUCUUAAUAUGAUUUAGUUUCAAACUUGUAGUUUCUCCCUCUGGUCUUCUUUGGAUUUGGUAUUACUCUGUAGAAAGACAUAUUUCUCUAACGUUGGUCACAAAACUCUUACAUUGUUUAAGCGUUUAGUGACUUUUUGGUCAGUCAUUCUGUUUUUAUUUUUAUUUUUUGGCUGGCAUUAAUUUCUCUUUGGUUGAUUUAAUAAUAGAAAUAACUGCAUAUGGAUCUUUUUGUUUUAGCAUAUAAGCGCAGGAUUGUAUGGUGG